UCUUUAGCUACAUUGCCAUCCUGUGGCUCGGCAUUUGGGUCGUGUCGGGCUCGCUCUUGUACAUUGCAAGCAUGACGAUGGUGUGGGGGCGACGCCCCGUGGAGAACCCCAUGGUGUACUUUUCGGGCUUGAUUGCCGUCCCUAUCUUCCGCAACACGGCGCCAGGACAUCCGCCCUACGGCUGUCUUUUCGACGUCACGUCCACGUAUUUAGCGCUUGCCGUGAUCCUUGGAAGCAUGCUCCUCGCGUCGGUGCUUUCGCUGUGCCCCAAGCCGCCGCAGUAG